CUGGUAACAAAGACGACAGACAACAAGAGGGGGGUGAUGGGUGCUCAGAAAAGCCUGUCAGAGCAGCAACAAUGAACUAAACGAGGUUUUCUUUUACAUUCUGGAUAUUUUUUUAACAGCCUCUUUAACGACGGUUUUAGUUCUCGUCGGGACGAGCGUAAAGUUUGAAGUACACUAAUGUAGCUGCUCCCCGUACCGGUUUUAUCCCAGAGGUUUUGGUUUGUUUUGUUUCGUUGCCAAAGCUAACUACAGUAUGCUGGACUGCCGACACUAGCGCCGAAUGACUACAGAGGAACACUCAGACACGUCUGAAUAAUACUGGUGAGGAUGACAUACUGACUGUUGCCCUGAAAGCCUGACCUCUGAUUAGUCAGGGGGGGAGUGAAACACACUAAAGCAGACACCCUCCAGCUACCAUGUCUAUCCAGGAACGACCCACAUCUCCUUUACCCCUCAAGCCUGAGGCUAAGCCCAGACCGGAGAUCCCUCCAAAGCCACAACCGGGCUCCCCUCCUCUUGGAGACAGAGGGAGUAGUUCGAGGCUGUCUGGUGGAAAGGUCAAGAGAAUUGUGAACAAGUUUAGCAAACAAGAGUCCAGUGAACUAGCGGAACAACCUACCAAUGGUACUACAGAAUUCACGCCAAGCAAACGGUUCAAAAGGCCGCCCACAGUAAAGCCCAAACCAGGCCGUGCCAGUCUUCAGCUUCUGACGGGGGCAGAGCAGGCACCACCGCUGCCUAUGAAGAGGAGCCGUGUCCUGAAGAAACAGAAAACGAACGAGGGAGGAGAGGAGGGGGAUAACAUCAGCGUGGAAGGAGGUCGAUCAGCCCCUGAUGGAAAGGAGGUGGAGGUUCAUCUGAUUGGAGGAGGUGAAGUGGAGGCGGAGCACAGCCCUGACUCGCCUCUCAGUACCUGCUGCGACCCGAGCUGCAGCUGCGUGUGCCACCUGCAGCGACCUGGCAUGAAACUCAUAUGGGUACCUGUGGUCCUGGAAGAUGACGGGCAGGAGGUUAUAAGUGGAGAGGAGGACGAGACUGACGUGGGAGAGCAGAGGGCGGAGGAUGGGGAGGAAUGGGAGGAUGAGGGGGAAUGGGAGGAUGAGGAGGUAGAGCGAGCGGGGGAAGGGGACAGUGAGGCAGGGGACGAGGCGGAUAGGACUUCUGUGACUGAUGAGAACGAGGUCUCGAAACAAGAAAAAAUGAAGUUCCAUCAAUCUUUAGGUGUUCUGAUCGCUGAGGGUCAUAGGAGGCGAUCGGACCCGGGACCUCCGACUGUCCUCACCUCUCUUGCAGUCACUCGCUCUCAGUCUCCUCCUGUUCCUCCAAAGUGUUCUCAGUUACCUCCGGUCCACCACAUACCUGAUCUAAGCGAGGAGGAAAACAUUUACGAGGCCACACUUCCAGUGGUUGACCCCACUCCUAAACAGAUCACACCUGUGGGUAAAGGAUUGGAUAUUCCUUUGAUCAAAGUGCGCAAACCGGCCCGGCGGUCUAAACUGUCCUACAGCACCUCAGAUCCCACAUCGGACUUUCAGAACACAGACCCCAUCUCGAGCGUAGCCGACAUCCCGCCUGCCAUCCCGCCGAGGAUGCCUGUGGCUCAGGACAGCCAUAGCCUCACGCCAGUGCACCGAGGUGGCAUCCCUCUCCCCCAGCCCACACAGGAGGAGUGGCGCUCCUUGCGACCCUCCUCCCCCAGCGGCUCCACUGCCAGCGGGUUGAGCCCUCAGCGAGCCAUCACACCACCACCAACCAGCCCACUCCUGCCCCGCAGAGCCCCUCCUCCAGCACCAAAGACAGACCCCAGGAGACUCAGCAGUGCCUCACUGCAAUCCCUUACACAGAAAAAAGAGGAGAAUGGAGGGGGUGAAGGAGAGAAAGAAGACGCAGGGGAAGAAGUGUGCCCAGUCAGAAGAGACUCUCUCAGGAGGGAGAUUUCAUUCAUAUGGGAAUCCCGCCUGCCGGAUGAGCCUCUGUACCAGACGUACCGUGCCACCGUCAUCACAAAGGAGAUCCGCCGCCAGACAGUUUGCCGUAACAUCAGCAAAACCAGUGCAGACUAUGCUAUGGACUGGACCGCCCGACGCUCUGGGACUGGGACUGCUGCCGGAAAUGGAGCACCCAGGGGCAGCCCUGUGCCCACGCCAGGCCAGAGCACCCUGUGGCAGGACCUCCCGGCUGUACGGGACAGUGGAGUGCUGGAGCAGCUCACUCCUGAGCAGUGCAAGUACCAGGAGAGUAUGUUUGAGGUUCUAACAUCGGAGGCCUCUUAUCUGCGAUCGCUGCGAGUCCUGACCGAACAUUUCCUGGACAGCCGGGAGCUGGAAGAGACAAUGAUCAUCAGGGACAAGAAAACACUAUUCUCCAACAUCCUGAGGGUUCGCGAGGUCAGCGAGAGGUUUUUGAAAGACCUUGAGGACCGCAUAUUCAAGGAACUAGUCUUCUCUGACAUUUGUGACAUCAUCCACUACCAUGCCCAGCACAACUUCCCCGCCUACAUUGACUACGUUCGCAACCAGAUCUACCAGGAAAAGACCUACACUACACUCAUGAAGAACAACGUCCAGUUUGCUGCAGUCAUCACUCGUCUUCAAGAGUCACCUCAGUGCCAGCGGCUGCCCUUUAUGUCCUUCUUACUGCUGCCCUUUCAACGAAUAACGCGCAUUAAAAUGCUUAUUGAGAACAUCCUGAGGAGAACAAAGGAGGGGACGAAAGAGGAGCAGACAGCCUCCAAGGCUUUGGCUUCCGUGUCUAAGACUAUGGACGAGUGCAACAGACAGGUGGGACAGAUGAGACAGAUGGAGGAGCUGAUUUUUGUCUCUAAAACGCUGGAGUUUGACAAGCUCAAGGCCAUCCCGAUCAUCUCUCAGAAUCGAUAUCUGGAGAAGAAGGGAGAGCUCCAGGAAAUGUCCAAAGGAGGAACUCUCUUCAACAUGAGGGCAAAGUUCAUUCCCGUCCACCUCUUCCUUUUCAACGAUUUGCUCGUCAUCGCCGUCAAGAAGGGCGCCGAGCGUUUCGUCGUAGUCGACCACGCCCAUCGCUCCCUGGUGCAGGUGCAGCCAAUAGAUGAAGGCGGAAGCAGCGGCGGCCCUUACGAGCACUGCUUCAACCUCACGCUGCUAGAAAACCACCAGGGGCGCACGAUGGAGCGGCUCUUUAAAGCUCCCUCCCAGUCAGACAUGCACAGGUGGAUGGCCGCUUUCCCCAACCCCACCAACCCAGACAGAGAUGAUGAUGAAGUGAUUUAUGAGGACUGGGACUGUCCUCAGGUGCAGUGUGUGGAGCAGUACAUUGCCCAGCAAGCAGACGAGUUAACCCUGGAGCCCACUGAGAUCAUCAACGUCAUCCGCAAAACCAACGAAGGCUGGUACGAAGGGAACCGCCUGUCCGACGGUCAGAAGGGCUGGUUCCCCAUAGCGAACGUCAUCGAGAUCACCAAUGAGCACGUGAGGAGGAGGAACAUCCGAGAGCGCUACAGGGUCAUCCAGGCUGCCAGCAUGGUUGCUAACAGCAAGGCCAGCACCAUUCAGUAGGAUCUAUGGAUUGAAGAUGUUUACAUUGAAAAACAAGGACAAUAAACAGAGACGGACUUUUUAGAGGAUUGAUUAUUUGGGGAGUUUAUUCGUUCAAGUGUUUCUAAGAACAAGGAAAUGAAAGAAGAAAGGAGAAGGCUGACUCUCAUAAAACAUCCCACCAGAACUCCAGUCAUCAUAUUCGUUACGCUACUGUACACUACAGCCACUCAAAACAAAGAAGCUAUGUUGUCACCUCUUCCAAGUAGUGCCGCAUUAUUGGACUUCUUCGAAACUGACAAACUCACAUGCCAAACAUUCUAGACAUCGCUCGAGCAGACUGUACGUUGUGGAAAGAAAAGAGCUGGGUGUUGCGGUAAACACCUUCGGUAUCACAUUAGAAUGAAAUCCUCUCAUUCCUGAACAACAACCUGCCACGUGUGACUCAGGUGACCGGAAUACAGAAUAUUUGGAAUAACUAAAAACUUGACUCACAACAGUGUUAACAGUAACAGUCUAUCUCAACAGGAAACAAACCUUUUACAGAUCAGGUAGUGCCUUUGCUUGAACUGCACACCGAGACUUGUGUCAUGAACAUAUUAAGCACAAGAGCUUUGCAUGUAAAUGUCGCCGGAGCUGUACUGCCUUUUUUCAGUAGUCGUGCUGUUGACUAGCUCGUUAGCUUGCGUCAGUAGCCACCGUGGAGUAAAACUGUACUGUAGCGCCCCCUGCAGCUUGAUGUCAGUGACGACUGGUGAUUUGUGGAUAAAUUGUAAAUGUGUUGUAAAUUAUGAGUAGUAGUACUUUUAAUAAAAAACUUCACAUGUUUUUA